AGUGAAGCGAGAGUGUUUUUCUACGUCGACGCGUCCAGGGUGGCAUAGAAAGAGUGACGUCUGUGGGCUCUUGUAGCUUAUAAUAGGGAUGUAGACUAUAUAUAUAUUAUUGAUUUGACAUUACUGCUUGUGUGUAUUUUUUUAAUGUAGUCCUGCGCGUUGACGGCGCCGCUCGUCACACAUCUGUAGCCGCUGGAAUCCCGCUUUCAGCACCUGGACAGCUCCCGGUCGUGAACCUCUUCUUUUUAUUAUCGGGCACAUGGAGUCCCUGGUGUGAUUGUGGGGGAAGCCCUGCAAGCACAUUGUGCCUCCCUCCGAAUAUGUCAUUAUCUCCCUGAUUCAGUGACAGCCUCGUCGUCUCCGCUGAAGGAUGGUGCUUUCACUCCGGAGUAGGUGUUUUCGUCGUGCGCUGUCUUCAGAAAGGCGAUACGGGUGCUUGGCCAACGCAAAUUUAAGAGGAAUCGCAGCCUACUCACAGCAAGAUCCGAGCUUCCCUCACACUGAUCAUCAUCAUCAUCAUCAUCAUCAUCGGCGAGGAGGGAGAUAUUACCAUCAUCACUGCGAGGGCAAAGGAGUCACGACCACACUUUACACAAUGUAGAGCAAGAAAACACAAGAGCUGGAGUGGGCUUUCACUUGAACGGACUUGGACAUGAAUGGUUCUCUAUCCUGUGGCACAAAGAGCUAGCAUCCUGCUGUACUUGCUAUGCAAGAGGUGUGGUAGGAGCCAGGUCUCUGCAGUGGUGAAAUACCAUUUCACACUCAGGGUAAUUUAGUGCGGACGUCUAUUUGAAGCAACAGGACUUCAACAUGAGCAACCAGGCCCCUCCCCAAACUGGGGCCUCAGAGCUGGAGGUGAUCUCCCAGCAGGUGGAGGAGGACAACCAGUGCGUGGCCCCUGUCCAGUUGGUCAGCUUCGCCUACAGAGACUUGCCUUUGGCCGCGCUGGAUAUAUCCCUAGCUGGAUCUCAGCUCAUCUCAAACCCGGAUGAAGAGGACAACAGAGAGGGGUCGAACUGGCUGAAGCCGUGCUGUGGGCGAAGGGCAGCGCUGUGGCAGGUCUGUCUGUUGUCGGCGGGCUUCAACUGUUUCCUGGUGGCCUGUGUCAUUCUGGUGGUGUUGCUGCUGACGCUGGAGCUGCUCGUAGACACCAAGCUGUUGCAGUUUAAUAAUGCAUUCCAGUUCGCCAGCAUCAUCCACUGGAUCAGCCUGGCUAUCCUCUCUGUGUUCUUCACUGAGACGGUGUUCAGGAUCGUGGUGUUGGGGAUAUGGGAUUACAUAGAGAACAAAGUAGAGGUGUUUGAUGGAGCUGUCAUCGUCCUCUCUCUGGCCCCCAUGGUGGCCUCCACAGUGGCCAACGGCCCCAGCAGCCCCUGGGACGCUAUCGGUCUCAUCAUCACACUGCGCAUCUGGAGGGUCAAGAGGAUCAUUGAUGCCUACGUGCUGCAAGUGAAGGUGGAGAUGGAGCUGGAGAUCCAGCAGUAUGAGAAGGCCAAGGCAGUGAGAGAGGAACAGCUCGACCGUCUCACUCAGAUCUGCCAGGAACAAGCAUUUGAAAUCAGGCAGCUGAGGGCCCACCUGGCCCAGCAGGACCUGGAUCUGGUAGCAGAACGUGAAGCAGCCAUGCAGAUCCACCAUAUGUGGGGUAAACAGAGCAGCAGUUUCCAUGAGGUGGAUGGACUGGCCCCUGGGGCCUCUGAGCAUCAUGGGCCGGCUAAAGCUAGAGAGCCCGGGGGGCCCGCAGAUCAUCAUGGCCAAGAUGAUAUGAACAACUACAUCAGCCAGUAUUACAGUGAGCCAAGUAGCGACAUGGGGAUCCCAGACCCUGCUGCACGUGUCAUCACCACAGCAGCUAUAGACGUGCACCUGCCUAACAACCCAAGCCAGCUUCCCUCUUCUCUGGUGAGUGCUGACGCGGUGUCAUCUAGCCGUCUGCAGCGAACCGGCAGCUCGGUCAGCGAAGCCUCCACGACCACGGUGUCCCGCACCAGCUUCAGCGCCCGGCAGCACAGCAUCAGCAGCCACACGUUGGGCUCCACCACGGACUGCAGCUCCACAGUGCGUGAGGCCUCCACCUCCACAGACUACAGUGACCAGCGCUGCUACCCUCCACCUUACAGCAGCCCCCUGGCCCUGGGCACUCAGCCACGAGGGAGUCCCAGCACUGUGGUGCAGGAGCUGCUCUCCUCUCUGACCGAGGACUCUUGUCUCACCCAGAAGGGCCUGGACCCUGUCAAUCUCAAACCUCCAAGCCCAACAGGUUCCACUAAAACCAGUCCUGAGCUGGAGCACAGGCUAAACAUCUACAACAAAAGGAACCAGGAGAGCCGAGUUGGGUUGCACGCCAAACCCCUCAUCCAUCUGCAGGGCAAUGAGCCUCUUCUAGAGGAGAAGUACAGGAUGAUGGAGCCAGUGGAUGCCCCAGUCAACCGUCUGUCAGAGACAUAAGACAGUGCCUGACACCAGGGAAUUUGCAGGACAUGCUCUUCAAAUCAACCGCAAAAAUUAACAUUCUACUAAACUCCCGAGUUGCUGGGAGUCACUGGCACAUGAACCGUAUGUCUGUCAUCCUCUUUGUACUGAUGAACUUGCUGGAGCAGUACACACACAGAGGGCAUGGAGGACAGAAUCAGGCACCACUUAUCAGGAAUUGACACUCACAAAGACACUUUUUGAGUUUUAUGAAAAAUUUUACCAAAAGAAACCAGCAACAGGGCUCACGCCCAAAAUCCUGAGACAACUGGUCUGUGCAGAAAAUCUGGCUCUUGAUGCAUUAGGUUGUGGUUCGAUUUCUAAGGAUGUGUAUCCAGGAAGAGGUUGGUGCUGAGGGCUUAGUUCCUCUGAUACACUUUGUAGGAAUUAGAGAUGCUGGACUGAUGAGAUCAUUUAUAGGAGAGCCACAAACUGUGUACCAGUCCCCCCAAAGCUAUAAGGCAUGGAUUUACCACACUUGCAGGUGUAUCAACUAUUUUGUUAAUCAGUCUCCAAACUCACAAAGAACAGUCCUCUUUGACAGGACUGCUGCAGGGUACAUUGGAUCAGUGUUGAGAUGCUACGUUGUGAUCUCGACUUAUUUCUAAUCUUUGUCUUUCUAUUUUAGCAAUGUUAACAUUUUUAUCUAAAUUCUAUGGGUGUAACGAGUGUGGCAAACCUUCAACUGGUGGAUGAUUCAAGAGUUUUUGUCCAGGUGCCAUGACUGGAAUCUGACCAAGCCCAGCUGAGUCAGUGUUUACCGAGAUUUAAAAACCACAGAAUUUCCCCAAACACACCAAUUUAACUGAAAAUCUGCCUGCACAUGAUGGAUUUCCUAUCAUUCAGGUCUAAAAUAUUGUAUUUUUAUGACUUUUGGGUUUGGAAGCUGUGUAAAUAUAUCAGGAUGGGUACGAUCAUUAUAUCACAGCCAAAAAUAAUGAGGGACUCUAAGUGGGGCUACUAUAAAAAUGUAACUCGGAAAGAAAAUUAUCAUAGCAUGAACCUUCAAGAUUUGCCUCUUAAAUAUCGCAAACUAACCCUGUUUAUU